AUGAAAACCAAGGGCGCCGCCGAUGUCUGCCACGGCGACGCAAAGUGCAGGGAGAAGUUCGCCCUCCUGCUGGCGGAGAUCGGAUUCCCCGGCAGCGUCUUACUCGCUGCCGUCGAGGAGAUCGAGGAAUGCGGGCACGUCAAGGAGACCGGGUUCGUGUGGCUGAAGCACAAGAAGACCAAGGAUCACUACAAGUUCGACACCGUCGCCGUCCGCUGCGACGCCGUCGUGACGGCGUCUUUCGAGCGAAGGAGGAUCAGGAACCUGACCGGGGUCAAGGCCAAGGAGUUUCUGUUCUGGAUCACGUUGUGUGAGGUCCACGUCACCGGCGUCGCCGGUGACGGUUGUUCACCCACCACCAUCGCGUUCAAGACCCCGGCGGGGUUUUCCAAGUCUUUCCCGCUGUCCUUGUUCGUGGGUGACGGCGGCGGCGGCGAUCAGGAGGUGAACUCGGGAAUCCGACUGGCGUUUUAA